AUGAAAUCAGCUCUGUUCAGAAUCUUUGCUUGUUUCCUCCCCACAGCAGCUCUAGCCCUAGGCCCUGGAGCUCCGAAUGGCCCCGGCCAAAGGAUUUGCACGGUUGCUGCCAAGGGUGGACAGCAAGAUGACGUGCCUCAAAUCGUUAAAGCCUUCAAAGACUGUGGCAACGGGGGAAAGGUUGUGUUCCCAGAGGGCCAAACGUACUGGAUAGCGACCAAGCUCAAUCCCGUUGUAAACGAUGUCACAAUUGAAUGGCGUGGUAUCUGGCAAUUCUCGGACGACCUGGACUAUUGGCGGAACAACUCGUACCCAAUUGCGUUUCAGAAUCACCAUGCUGGCUUUAUUCUGACAGGAGAUGGCAUCCGUAUUGACGGCUUUGGAACAGGAGGCAUCCAUGGAAAUGGCGAUCUCUGGUAUACGGCCGAAGCUGGGCAUACGCUGCCCGGCCGGCCCAUGCCAUUUGUGCUAUGGAACGUGUCGGAUGUAACUGUCAGCCGAUUCUCGAUUCAGCAACCUCAGCUGUGGGCGUUCAACAUCAUGAACGGCACAAACAUCUGGGUUGAUCAACUGUACUGCAAUGCCACUGCGACGAAAGCACCCUGGGGUUCCAACUGGGUUCAGAACACAGAUGGGUUCGACACCAUGGACGUGAAAAACGUGUAUUUGUCGAAUUUCGUGUACCAAGGUGGAGACGACUGCAUUGCGAUAAAGCCCCGAAGCUAUGAUGUCAGCGUAUACAAUGUGACCUGUCGAGGCGGGAACGGAAUCGCCAUCGGCAGUCUCGGUCAGUAUCUAGAAGACUCGUCAGUGGAGAACGUGGUUGUGGACAACGUGACGGUCAUCCGGUACAAUGAGGACAUGCACAACAGCGCAUACAUCAAAACCUGGAUUGGCGAGCAGGCGCCCCAAGAUUCCAGCUAUGAAAGCGCAGGCCUCCCGAAUGGCGGCGGAUGGGGCAACGUGAGAAACAUUCUGUUCAGCAACUUCAAUAUCCAAGGAGCAGAUCUGGCGACUGCCAUUACACAGAGCAACGGCAACCCCAAGAACGGCACCUUCUCUGGGACUUCUAAUAUGCUGGUAUCGAAUGUGGCUUUUGUGAAUUUCACUGGAUCCACCAACAUAACAGCGGCGAAGUCGGCACGGGUCAAUGCCAUCUCGUGCUCAGAGAGACGCCCCUGUUACAAUAUCGACUAUCAGAACUUCACGGUCGUGCCCAUGACGAAUGCUUCGGCUCUGGGGUUGACUACGUGCGAGUACAUCGAGGAGGGUGGAGUCCAUGGGGAGAAGUGUACGUCGAGUUGA